AUGAAGCCCUCUGCAACCAUCUGGGCCGCUGCCGGCAGCAUCGGCGCCGCGGCCGCCCAAUCUGUCUCCGACAACCCCUCCCCCACCACAGCCGCCUCGGCGCCGUCAUGCACGGCCACCCUCCUCACCAAGCUCUGCGACUACCCCUCGCCGGGCCCCGAGUUCGCCGUCGCCAGCUCCGGCCGGGAAUUCUGCUGGGGCUACUGCCAGCGCAGCGCCCUCCCCUGCUCCUUCAUCGUCUUCGCCGCCGGCAACCCCUACACCGGCAGCGGCACCUGCUGGGUGUACCCCGGCCAGGCCUUUGACGCGAGCAAGGGCGCUUCCGGCUCGAGCUGCGCCAACCCGUACCUAUCCGUCUACGACAAGCCCACGUGCGCCGGCGGCGGCGGCGGCGGCGGCGGGACGAGCCCGGCGGACCGCGUUCCGGCGGGGUGCUCGGCCGCCGUGGCCAGUCCCUCCCCGCUGGCCGCGCUCUGCGACUACCCGACGCCGCCAAACGACUGCCGCGACAGCUGCGCCGCGAGCGCCGGCGCGCCCGACUGCCUCGCGCAGUGCGCAAUGCGCGCGGACGGCUGCGCGUACGCCGUCUUCCGCGCCGGCAGCUCGUCCAAGUCGCCGUACGCGUCCGGCACCUGCUGGAUGUACCCGGAGGGAUCGUACGACGGCGCGGCGGGCAAGGCGUGCGGCGACGGCGUGGCGCCGCAGCUGUACGUGUACAACAACACGUGUCCGCGCCCGUCGCCCACGGCGCCCAAGACGUCGGCGUCGGCGACGGCUUCUUCGGCGGCGGGCAAGGGGCAGUCUGGCGGCGGGUCGGGUACGGCUGACUCUGUCGCGGCCACGACAAGUCACAACUCCGCGCCGACUGCUCGUGCCCUGAGUCAUGGUAUAGUCAUGGGAGCCGCUGCGCUGGCCUGGAAUGCUCUUUAA